AGUUGCUUUCUUCAUUGAGUAAUCUAAAUAAUUAAUACGAAGUGGUGUUUUGUGGUUAAUGAUCGCAUUAAGUUAGUCGGAAGACAUUCGCGAGUGUUAUUAUAUUGGAGUAUUCAAUAAACAAAGUGUAUCUGCCUAUUUUCGCUUCGUGCUGGGAAGCCGCUUCAUAACUCAAAAGUUUAUGCGGACUUUUGAGUUAAUUCGUUUGGGGUUCGGAGUAGGAGUCUACUCCGAGGGUGGGGGCUUAGGUUUCAUCAUCAUCACCUUUCAUCAUUUCAUUAAUCAUCAAGAAAAAAAAUACGUCAGACAUGGCUGUAUGGGCAUAGUUCCCUUUGCCUUACCCUUCGGGGAAAACCAAAACAAAAAAAAAACAAUGAUUUGUAUUGUAUGUAUUUCGUUCGUACAAUUAAAAAAUUUGAAAACAUAUUUUAUUGUGAAUGGUUAAUAAAAAUAAUUCAAAAUGGAUGAAGCGGACAAAAAAAUGAUAAUAUCGGACAUAAAUAUUAAAUUAGGUGGUGAUAUAAAUGAAAUAGCCGAGGCUAUGAAAGUGGAAAAUGAUUUGGUGGAUAGACGAAAUUAUCUUCAGAGCUGUCUAAACGUCGCCAACAGCGAGGUGCCAACAAAGCUUUCUACUGCAAUUAAAAAAGCUGAACAGAACUCAAAACAAAUAAAUGACCUCAAAGACCGGCAAGAGAAGUUACAGAAAAAAGUGGAGGAUUUUUUAAAUCGAACUGAACCAUUACGAACUGAAAUAGACAAGAGAUUUACAGCUAUAAAUAAAUUAGAAGAGGUGCUUGGUUACCUGAAGUCUUUUGGCAAAAUUGAAGAGUUGAGCCGACAGUUAAAGCAGUGCAAUGAUGACGAACAAGCUGUCCUGACAUACGGAGAAUUAAAGGAGAUGUGUUCACAGUAUCAGAAGGGCCAUAGAGCUGUUUAUGUAAAGGAGUACACACACUACUGGCAUAAUGUCCUUAAGGACAAACUCACGAAGAACUAUGAUGAAAUAAUGAAACUGUUGAAAUGGCCAUUUGUAUCGGGCGCGGAAAACUCUCCACCUCCCAAAGAAAUACUGCUGAAGUUCAGCAAUCUUACCAAAUAUUUAUUCCUGAUACAAGAACCUGAAGAUUUAAUCUCAAGUACUGUUUCUGACGAUUUCACACAAGAUCAAGACCCCUGCUUACCAGUACGUCUUCUCCUCCGCCCUCUAAAGAAGCGGUUCACAUUCCACUUCACUGGGACGCGUCAGACAGCGCGCAUCGACCGGCCGGAGUGGUUCCUCACUCAGACGCUCACUUGGAUCAAAGAUCACCAGGGCUUUGUCAGGAGUCACGUGCAACCGGUCGCUGAUAAACUGCAGAUGAAGAGUGUUCGCGCUGUGGACGAAUUCAACGCAGGCCUAAUAGCCUUAGCAGCAGAAAGACUCCAUACAGUCCUAGCGUUAUACCAUACACAAGGAUCCAAAGGCGACGUCGUAGACGUGGAUGCGGCAUUCGCGCACGCUGUCGACGAAACCCUAGGGUUCCAUAAAGAGUUGGUGGUUAUCACGGGGAAGGAUGUCAAUAGCGUCCUCUCUGUGUUGACUAAAGCUGAGACUUUUGUUCGAUGGCUGACUGUUGAAAAGAAAUAUGCCCUGGCCAAGAUGGAUGAGACGUUAGGCAAUGAGCAGUGGAGCGAGGCGGUAGCGGCUGGUGUAGGGUCAGCAGUGGGUGCCAUGGUGUGGGUGCCGCGGGCCGCAGACUGGUUCAUUGCGCUGCUGAUCACCAUCGAGGAACGUUACUCCAUGCUGCCACAGCCUGGUCACCGAUUACAAUUCUUAGAACUUCAACUGGAGUUGGUGGAAGAAUGGCGCGUUCGACUGACUCAGUUGCUGAGCGCAGCACUAUCCGGCGCGGAAGAUGGAUCCUGUCCUAGAGAACUCACCGCGGUCAUCAACUCUGCUCACCACACGCGAUGUGUGCUAUUACAAUGGGCGCAUUCUUUGCACUAUCUCCAGCUGCACUACUACCGGCGGCAGUUCCAACACUUCACGCAGCGACAACACCACGACGACACCGACUCGCCCUCUUCCUCUUCUGACGACGAUGACACUGAUUCCGACCGAAAAUCUUCUAAACCUGAGGCGGACUCAGACGAAGAAACCAUGUCGUUGAAGGAAGUUGAGCUGCGCGCGAAGAAGAUGGCGCUCAAUGAAGUUACCAGGAGGGACUCUGUUGUUCCUGAUCUCAGCGAUUUUGAUAUAACAUCCCCAAUAGCGAACCUCACAGUAACAGACCCGUUGCCAGGCGAUGAGGACGCUGAGGAAGCGGGGGUGUUCGCUGAGGCGCCCGCGUUGCUGGCGCACUUGAGAGACGCGGGGCUCGCCGCGCUGGCCGACCGCAUCCUACUCGAGUUCAAGGCAACAUUGCGAGACUACAAGAAACAGAAGUGGCACGCGAUGCCGAUCGUGGAGGAGAAGGCGCUGUGCGUGUCCCCGGCGCUGUGCCGGCCGCUGGCGGCGCUGUGCGCGCGCACGGGCCGCGCCGCCGCCGGCCUGGCGCCGCCGCUGGCCGCCCGCCUGCGCGCGCACCUGGCCGCCGCGCUCGACCACGUGCUCUACGAGGAGGUGGUGCUAGAGAACUGGUUCAACACGGGCGGCACGAUGCAGCUGACACACGACGUGAAGAGGAACCUGGUCCCAGCCUUCGCGCCGACCAACAAGAUGGUUGCGCACAUCUGCCAGCUACCCAAACUGCUAUCGGCGUGCAAGCUCCUGAACUUGGACUAUGAUGACGCGCGCCGCUUGCGGGGCAUCCUGUCCAAACACCCAGCGUCUGGCGAGAACGCGUUAGCAGUCUACUACGUCCGAAACAUUCCAACUAACGAAGCGUUACAAAUACUCAGCCAGAGGACUGACCUCAGUGACACCGCCUCACCGUCGUCUGUCAUGGAGCUCUUCUGAAGUUUCGAAGGGGGAGGCGUGUAAGAAAACAAGAGAUAAGGUAUGUCGCGUUUUGUCGAACGUAUUUUGAUAGGUUACUUGAAAUAAUGUUUGAUUUUCUAACGAUAAUAUGUUAUGGUGUUCCCCGUACUUUAAGUGUACCAAUAGUUUUAUAGCUUCUUCCAGGAGCUCCGAAGUCUUCUGCGAUGGUCACAACAAUUGGGUAGAUUCCAAGGUCAAAGAUAAAUUGUAAAAAUCUCAUUACUAAAUAAAGACAGAUCUAAAGGUGACAAAAAACGUUUUCUUUUUCUAUUCAACUUAUUUAUUCGAUAAAGAUAUAGGUCUAUGACGUCACAGGUUGUUUUUUCAUACAAAUUCCAUAGUAAUUUCGUGGUUUGACGUUUAGUAAAAAGUAACUGAUUUGACUAGUUGGAAACUACCCUAUUGUCACUCUUUGUGGCAUUGACCUCUUUUAUCACUUUUUACAGGAUGCCUAAUUAAUAGAGAAAUGCUCCUUCUUUUUUCCAAUUGGUAAAAUAAAUUUAAAAAUACUUAAAUAUUUUCAAAUAAACUUCAGCCACUUUAUAUAGACUUCCAAAAUAUUAAUUUUAAAAAACCGCUUCUUAAGGGUCUUAGUAUCUAAAAGUAUAUAACUAGUAACAUCAUUAUCAUUGUGAUUCGAACUUCUAGAGUAUCGCUGUAAAUAUAGAUCUAGAAUCAAAAUUCAAUAUGUUUUUAAUAAAAUUAUAAACACUUUGAAAGAUUUAUAGAUAUCAAAACACGUUUGGCUAAACGAUUCAAGCUGUAAGUUUUUGAUGUCUCUUGUGAAUUGUUAAGGGUCGGCCUCCUCCUUUUACUAUUAUUAAAUCAAUGUCUAAUUUAAUGUAACUUAUAUUAUAAUUAAUUUAAGGAAAUGUCUACGUAAUUCUCUUUCAUACGCUACUUCGAAUACUAUCGAUACCGGAACUAUCGAUAAAAUUAAUUGACAUGUUAUGCCUUACCGUAGUGUUUUGUUUAUAGUUGCUAAUUAUCGAUAUUCGACUAUCAUCUGCCAAAACUAAUAAUCAAGAUGUGCGGCAUAAGCUACAUAAUUAUUUCGUAGUAAUAGAGAAAAUAUUAUUAUUAUAUUGAUUGUAGAAAAUAUUAUAUCUUUUUUACGUACGUAUGAAAUAUCAAAUGCUUAUACCAUUAGAGCUAGCGGAUCAAGAUAAAAAUAUUAAAAUAAAGAAUUAUUUGAAAUAAGAACAUAUUUUAAGAAAAUAACCAAAUAAUUCAUUUUAAAUAGUGAUGUCUUACAGGUUUUAAGCGUUUUGCUAAAACAAUUGUUAAAUUUCUUAUUUAUUACUAAGUUCUAUUGUCUGAAAAAUGUGUUACGUAUUUAUUUCAUUUAAAUUAAAAUUAUUUAAAAACUAAAAUGUAUAUAUGGGAAUAAUAUUUAUAUGUGCUUUGUAUUUACAUAUUUUAAGUUAAAUAUUAUAAUAUAUUUUGUUAGAAAUUCCAAAUAAAAUACAUUCUAAUGUUAGGAGAUUUUUUAUUUAUUUAACAAAAUACAAUAGUAUUGUACAAAAAUGUUUAACCUAUUAUCUCAGAUAUUUAAAUAUGUUCAACACACAUUCAAUGUUACAAUCAUAGCCCUGUAUUUUAAAUAUUAGGACAAAACAUUAUGUUGUGAACCGAAUAACAUUAAAAAUGUUGUAAUAUUUAAUAUUUACAAUGGUCAGCACAAUUUAAAAUUUCAAGCGGGUUGUUUAGAAUUUCUGCCUCAAAUUGACGUGUGUUCCAUAAAUUUUAUGCUUGCCGAUUACCCGUCCCUUUCCUUUUCGGCGGAUAAGAAAAUGUCAGGUAUAACUUAAAAUAAAAUUAGGUAUCUGCAGGAAUCAGGGCCAUUGUAUGAUUAUUAUACAUACGUACAUACAGCUUUUGGAAAGAAUUCGGUUCACAUCUGCACACAUUCAUAUUUAUCAUCAUUUUCAUCUUUCUCCCGCGUUUCUUGUUCAGCGUUAUCCUGUUAUGACGGGGUCCGCUUACCUAAUUUGAAGACACACAUUCAUAUUUAUAACUUCAUAAAUAUUCGGCUAGAGAAGGGCACUAAUUAAAUGCCUAUUAAACAUUUCUAUAAUGAAAACACUAUUCAAUAAUGAUUGUGGCCAGAGUCACACACAUUUUAUUCCUCUUUGGAAUCGAUUUUUAUCGAGUGUAAUACUUUUAUUUAAAAUUGCUACAGAUAGGUAUUAUUAGCCUCAUUUAUAGUACAGUUAUGAGCAAUUUAAUGUACCCACUUUAGGACUCUGUCGCACUAACAUAUUUGACAUUUAGUGAGACUUACAGUUCAA